AUGGUGAUUGUCUUAUUGUGUCGCUCUCGGCCCGCUUGGCUGAGAUGCUGCGGGGCCAGUUUCCGACGCCCACGCCAGCUCGAAGGCAUCUCGGGAGACGCGCGCAGUCGUCGUAGGUGCAGGCGUUCUCUCAGCUCCAAAGCAAUGCGAAGAUUCUCAGCUGUUCCCGUGCCCCUGUCUUCCCCCCCGGCCAUUAACAUGCGCUGCGAACGCGGCUGGCUCGCGGGGGUAACGCCGCCUGGCUAUGGGGACGCGGCACCUGAAGAAAUUGGUCGUGCGUUUGCGUUUUCGGCGAAUGGAGGAAGGAAAAGGAAAUCGGCUUUCAGCUGGAGAAGCCCCAAGAAGAAAAAGAUAACAUGGAGGAGCGCAGGAGAGUUUCGAGGGACGGGCUGCUUAAAUGGAGUGCUGCCUCUUGAUGCGCGGUAUUGCGAACAUGUGGAUCCACGCCUCUGCUGGCAGGCGGUCCCCGGGGACGGAACGGCGAUCGGCUUCCAACGGGGGGGGGGAUUGCCGUGCCGUGCCGUGCCGUGCCGUGCCGUGCCGCGCCGCGCCGCACCGACGACGCGCCCGAGCGCCGCCGCCCGCGACCUUCCGGCGGCGCGCGGGCGUCGGAGGCACCGGCGACCUGUUCGCUUUCGUCUUUUUGCCCAAGAGCACCCACACUAA